AUGGUGGUUGUUUUUGUCAUUUGGGCUUUCAUCUCUUUCCCUUUGGCACUUGUUGGUACCGUUGUGGGAAGAAACUGGAGUGGUGCCCCCAACAAUCCAUGUCGUGUGAAGACCAUUCCUCGUCCAAUUCCUGAGAAGAAGUGGUACCUUACACCAUCUGUAAUCUCAAUGAUGGGAGGAUUGCUACCAUUUGGCAGCAUAUUUAUUGAGAUGUAUUUUGUCUUCACAUCCUUCUGGAAUUACAAGGUUUACUAUGUCUAUGGCUUUAUGCUGCUGGUUUUUCUGAUUCUUAUCAUUGUUACUGUCUGUGUAACAAUUGUCGGAACAUAUUUCUUGCUCAAUGCUGAGAAUUAUCACUGGCAAUGGACUUCUUUUUGCUCUGCUGCCUCAACAGCUAUUUAUGUGUACUUAUAUUCAAUUUAUUACUACUCCGUGAAGACUAAGAUGUCAGGAUUCUUCCAAACCAGCUUCUACUUUGGAUACACUCUGAUGUUUUGUCUUGGAUUAGGAAUUCUCUGCGGAGCUGUUGGUUUCUUGGGCUCUAACCUGUUUGUGAGGAGGAUUUACCGAAACAUCAAGUGUGACUAA